AAAUACAUGACAAGACUAUAAAUUUUCCAAUGAGAUAUAAAAAGAUUAUAGUGAACAAACAAAGACACCAUUAACUAACUCCAUACCCCUCUUGCCUGCACAAUAUACCUUGCUCUUCAUUUCUUUGUGCAAAAGCCAACAUUACCCAUUCAGCUUUCUCUUUUCUCUCUAAAGAAAUCAUUGUUUUUCUUCUACUUGUUUUGUUUACUUUUUAAUCAAACUGACAAACUUGAGCUUGUCAUUGGAUUGAUUCAUGGAGAAAUUUCCAUCCGGUCUUCGUGUACUUGUUGUUGAUGAUGAUCCAACUUGGUUGAAAAUUCUUGAAAAGAUGCUUAUCAAGUGUAACUAUGAAGUAACAACAUGUUGUUUAGCAAGAGAAGCUCUUGACGUACUUCGUGAAAGAAAAGGCGGAUUCGACAUUGUAAUAAGUGAUGUUAAUAUGCCUGACAUGGAUGGUUUUAAACUUCUUGAACACGUUGGUCUCGAGAUGGAUCUACCUGUUAUAAUGAUGUCUGUGGAUGGAGAGACAAGCAGAGUGAUGAAAGGUGUUCAACACGGAGCAUGUGAUUACCUUCUUAAGCCUGUUCGAAUGAAAGAACUUCGAAUUAUAUGGCAACAUGUUUUUAGAAAGAAGAUGCAAGAGGUAAAAGAGAUUGAGAGUCAAGAAGGAAUUGAAGAUGCUCUAAAAAUGAGAAAUGGGUUAUAUGAGUUUGAUGCUAUUAGUCACUUACUAAGUGGAGAUAACAGUGGCUCAAGUUCAGCAAAGAAACGGAAAGACAUGGAAAAUCAUGAUCUGGAUGAGAACGACUUCAAUGAUCUUUCUUCCUCGAAGAAGGCUAGAGUGGUGUGGUCUGUUGAUCUACAUCAGAAGUUCGUCAAAGCAGUGAAUCAUAUUGGUUUUGAUAAAGUUGGUCCAAAGAAAAUUCUGGACUUGAUGAAUGUUCCAUGGCUAACAAGAGAAAACGUUGCUAGCCACCUGCAGAAAUAUAGGAUGUACUUGAGUAGAUUGCAGAAACAUAAUGAUCCUAAGAAUUCUUUCGGUUCGAUAAAACAACCAGAUAUCACUUCUAAGGAUCAUCCUCCAACUAGCUUCAGCUUUCAAAGCUCGAGCACAAUGCAACAACGUAGUACUUCACCAAGUUGCAGCUUUGGGUACUCAGCAGAUAACGUUCUUAUCCAAGAUGUCAGCUCUACGAAUAUGUAUGAAGAUGUUAAUGGCAUUGGCUCCUCCUUCAUGUCAGCUAUAAAACCUAAAGAAGCUUCCUCUGAUGAUUUUAUUGCUGCCCCGAAGGCAAGUCAUAAAUCAUUCGCAUCUAUCACUCCGCAGCAGAUAUCUUGGGGUAGGGAAACUCAGCAGACACUGUUCAUGGAAGAACCAAAAGAAGAACAUAAACCUUAUCCAUACAUAGAUCAACCACAGCCUAGUUUAGAGCACCAAAUGAUCCAACAUCAAUCAUUACCUUUCGCUAUCUCUGGAACUUUAGUCACUGCUGAGAGAGGUAGAAGCCUUGCAAGGGAUAUCGUAUCUCCCUAUACAAGAUGCACGACUGAUUUAUUUUCUGCUCAAUCUGAUACAGACUGUACCGUAAAUACCCAAGCUUUUGGGGAGAUGUUCAGUAGAUUACCAAGCAUUAAAAAUCAAAAUCUUGAACAAGACUUACUUCUUGAUCUAGAACCUGAACAACAAUACUUCAUUAAGCGAAGUGGUUCAACUUCUGUAUCCUCUGAAGAGGAUCAGCAGCUCGUCUCAGUUCAGGAUUAUGGUUACUUCGAGAAUGUUGAGCCAAAUAACAGAUGCGUCUUGGAAGAUUAUUCGGAGCCAAUUACUGAACUUUCAAGUUCACAGUUAUAUGAUGGACAGAAGCUUAACAGUGCUUAUCUCUACGAAAUCAUGGAAUACCCCAACGUGGAUCAACUUCUAUUCAUAACAUGAGUACAAAAAUGAGUCUUGCUUAAAGAUGGGACGGUGAAGCAAAACAAUGUUGUUUGUGAUGGCUGGUGAUCUUAAAACAAUGCUCUGUUUGUUAUUAGUGCUAUAUAAAAACUUGAAGUUUGUCAUGACCCUUCUUCUCACCAGGGUUAGAGAGACGUCGAAACAUGUACAACAGACGAAAGUAGACGAUACUUUCUUCUGAUACCUGAGAUAAAGCACAUGCUGUUGGUAACA